AUGAAGUUCUCUUCUUCUAUCAUCAAGCUGCUCACGUGGUCAUGGACCACCGACAACAACAACAGCAACACCAAGAAGACCCCCGUUCUCCAGGUUGACAAGGAGAUGACGGGCAACAACAACAACGACAAGGAUGUUCCUGUGACAGAGGAAGUCCCAACGUUCCAACUGGACGAGUUGGACAAGACAUUCGUCGAAACCGCGGCACUGUUGCACAAGUAUGGAACGCAUCCUGAUGUGGAAUUCCAGCAGCACGGUCGCUACCUAGGUGCCUACGACCUUUCCCUGGUUCCUGCGGAUCAGCAUGGUCACUACGGAUACGACAAAUACAACCAGCACCGGCCCAAAGGCUGUCGCAUCCAACCCAGUCAAUCAGCCAACGCUCGCUGGAAGACCCAUUACGGUCAAGACACCGAACAGAGCAAUGGAAACCGUUUAUCCUUUGCUCCCGUCAACACUGUAGUGGGGUACUCUUCUGACGAGAGCGAACCACAAGAAAAACGUGAUGUCUAUAGAGACAUGAAGAAACAUGUGCCACAGGCCCGACACGAAUUCUGGCUUGAAGCCCAACAACAAUUCAUUUCCGUCGGCACUCCCAUACCCCACGAACGCGUCUUGGAUCUCGUGCAGUUGAUUCAAGAGUACGGAUACCAACAAGUGGCCAAAUGGAUCACCAACAACCAAUGGUUCCAAAGCGACAAAGCUUACCUACAAAAAGCCAAACUGUACAUUCAAAUUGAUGCCGCGCAUCAAGACCUCGAGGGACUUGUUCGUUUCAUCGAGGCGAAGAAAGGAAAUGACAGGCAAGUCGCACACUGGUUCAUGGUCAACAAAAAGAACACUUACAUGUUCGAACUUGCCAUGUGCCACUUGCACCUUGGAGGAAUUCAGCGCAAUGCUGACGACGAAAUUUGCACCUUGAAUACGCGAGAACAGAUUGCCAACCGACGAUUUGUCUAUCGCAAGGUCAAGGAAGUCUGCAUGGAAGAUGUAGCACCCGUAGAAGUAGAACAACCAACAACAACAACUAAAGACGCCGAGACAAUAGAAACAGUCUCGACCGUCGACGACGACAAGAUGGCACCCCAUGCCACAAUCACAUGCGAAGCAGCGGUGGUUCCCACAUGCACAGCAGUGGUCCCAUACGUUCAAAAGUGGCAUGUGGCACACUUCAAGAUCAGUGUGCAUGGACAACCAUUUGUAUUGGAGACGCGAUUGAUGAAUGGUGUGCUACUUGGAGUGGUACCCAACAACAUUCUCGCAGCCCUGAUGAAUGAUGGUGGAGACCUUGUCAAGGAAUUCAUGCGGCGGCACAAGACACUACGAUUGGAAGCAGGCGUUGCCUCGGACGAUACGGAUUACGAAUUCGUGACUGGCCAAGCGGUAGCUGAAGAACCACUGGUUGAGGUCGAGGAACAACAACAAGUUGAUGCUGAUGAACCACUGGUCGACAACCGAGUCGAUGAGGAGGACAAUGUGGACACAGCACAAUCAACUUUGCGGCGGUCAAAGAGACGCAUGGCGGCGAUUGCAUCUCAGAGAAUUGCAGAGCAAAUCAAGACAAAGCCGCGGCGGGUGGCAGAACAACCUAGAAAUGAUAAACGUAGACGAGUGGCAGCCAAGAAGUCGACAAAGCCAACUGUGAAGGGCAAGAAGUCGACAAAGCCAAAGGCGAAGGGCAAGAAGCCAAAGACGAAGGGCAAGAAGACGACAACAGCAAGACCUGUGACGGACACACAGCAGCAAACAACAGUUCAGACAACAACAACUCUUUCUGGACGGCGAGUAAGAAAGCCUGACAGGUACAUUCCAGUCUAG